AGGUCUAUGGCGGACUGGGAAUCCACACCAGGUAGCCUGUCAGAGGACAGCAGUGUUUUGGAACUGCCAUCAGUGAGUGACCUGAGAGAUUAUGUCCUGCAAAGACCCAGCCAGGAGGCCAACAGCGAGGCUUUUAGUUCUGUGGAAUUCCAUUCUUUUCCUUCCUCUUCUGAUGUGGAUCCAGACACUAGUAACCUACAUACUGAACAAAAUGACUUCAGGACCACUGAGAACUUCUGGCUUGACCCUUCUGUGAUAUCAGAGGCCAAGGAAGAGGAGGAUGGACUUCGAAAAUCCCUGGAUAGAUUCUAUGAAAUGUUUGACUAUCAGCAGCCAACCUCUGGGAAUCUACUCUCUGCAUCUGUCUGCCAGUGCCUGGCUCAGAAAAUCACUCAACUAAAAGGCCAGGAGAGCCAAAAGUAUGCCCUCCGCAGUUUUCAAAUGGCCCAGAUCAUCUUCAACCGCGACGGCAUCUCAGUCUUACAGAGGCAUUCUAUGGCUACCCGCUUCUAUUCGCUGGAGGAAGGAAGUAUGUCUCUGGAUGAUGAAAAGCCAACCCCAGGACUUUCGAAAGAUAUAAUUCAUUUCCUCUUACAGCAGAAUGUGAUGAAAGACCCAUAACUAGUGCCUGGUGGUGUGAGCAGGCAGUGUUGAGAGCUAGUGCUGUGACUGCAGCUAUUGGUGGGUCACCUAGAUCUCCAAGGGUCUCUUGCCAACACCGUGUGCCUGAUUCCUACUAAUUACUUUGCAGUUAAAGGCUAGUGCCUGUGACCUGGUAUUGGAGCCAGUGAGCCCAUAUGGAAAGCCAGUGGGGUCUGGAGUUUUAUGUCCCUGUGGCCACCCCACCUCCCACGUCCCUUGGCCAAGGUCCCUGACCAUCUAGUUAAGGAUUCAAAAGCCCAGCUCCCUUUGCCUCAAGGAAGGACAUAUUGUGAGGCAUAAUUUUUGCUCCAGGGCCUCUACCCCUCCAGAUCAAGCUAAGGCCAGGACAUGACAUGAAAUCACAUCUAUGCUGGGCUUCCUCCCUUUCUCUAUCUUCCUCUAAUGCAUCCACUGGUCUCUCUGGGAGCCUUUCCAAAAUAAGCCUCUUAUAUCUGAAUUCUUGACUCAGAGUCUACUUCUGGGAGAACCUGACAUAGAACAGGCUUCUGUGACAUGAGAUUUGGGAGGAUACAAGCUCUAUGUUGAAUCAGUAUAAGAAUUAUAUUAAAUUGUAAAACUGAGACCAUGUGAUGGAGAAUGUUUGUGCUAAAAUAAUAUAAAGGCUUAAAUACUAUUUUGAAAAGUACAUCACAUCUUCAUCACACCCUCGCCUCCUCUCCAAAACCAGAGUUCCCUGUUUUAUAAUACUAACUGGAUAUGGAAGGAACAUUUGGACCAUCUCAAAUAACAACUAAAAUUCACAAAUUAAAAAAAAAAUUCUUUGUCUCCAUUAGAUUGUAAAUGUGAAAGAUGAGAAGAAAACAAAUGUGCACAAACCUACCAAAGUAGAAGUAUGCCAGGCUGAUGCAAAGUGGUCUUUGUGGUUUUUGGUUGAAGAGAAGAAGGAAUCCUUUGCCCAAGUGGGGUCCUCCUUUCUCCCAUUUUCUGUCUGCCUGCUGCUAAUGCCCUCUGCCAUCUUCUGAAUAGUUGGUCCCUCACCCCUGCCCCGUCCUUGCCUCCGACAUCCCGGGCUCCAUCUACAAAUGCCCAGGAGCAGGACUGCAAACCCUUCUGGUCCCUCUCCUCUGGGUCUGAAUCCUGCCCUUCCAGAGAGCUCUUUAAAUAGCCAGUGCAGGCUUGCACUGGCAGAUGCUCCACUCUGCAUGUCGUGUCCUGAACCCCCACCUGAGAGUCUGUUGGUAGAAUGAUACCACCUGGCACCAGGCUCUCUGAAACUGCAGUUGGAAGCCUCAUGCUAAUCUCUGCCUGGCAGAAAUUGCACUGGCAGAAAGGGUUGUAUUGCCUGUUUGGGGGAACAGCACAAGAAACCGGCAGCCUUGUGCAAUUAGAUAUGGAGAAAUUGAGGUGAAAUUUAGUUGGCCUAAGACUCCAAAAGCUCUCCAGAAAGCAGAUUAUGCAAAUGCGUCAGCCUGAAAUUGUACAUCAAGAGUGAACAUGCCACCUCAGGAAGGUCUCUUGGGGACUCUUGGACAGAGAGAGAAGCUUUUUAAAGGUUAGGAAUGACAUACUCAGGCUUCUGGUGCUGGAAAGAUCAGAGGCAGGGAACAGUGUUCCAAGGAGACCUAAAGAGGAGGAAAUAGGAAAUGAAAAAAAAAAAAAUCUUUGAGAAACAGGUUUUCCUCUGACAAGCAAUCAUCUACAUCUUUCUCCAUGGGCUUCUCCUAUCCAACGAAUUCUCAAAUAAUUGUGAAACCAGUGGGACUUAUCACUGAAAAUCUGAUGAUUACAUUUUACGUUGCUAGUUUUAUUGUUUUGUUGUUGUUGUUGUAUUUGAGUUGGGGGUCUCACUCUGUUGCC